AAUAAAAUUUCUCUAUAUUCAGCCAUCUCUCUUCCUAACCAUUCAAUUUCUCUUUUGCCUCUCUCUCUCUCUCUCUCUCUCUUCCUUCCGAGAUUCCCUCUAAAUUCACAAGUUAGUAUUCCUUUUUCUUGUGCCACACAGGGAUGCUAAUACAAACCCAUAUACAUACUUUCAGUUCACUAAUCACUGAAACAAGAAUAGCAUUCUAAGUGUUUUGUUGAUCUGGGUUUGCUUUUGGAGAUCAAGAAGCUAUAGAUGACGCGUGGAAUGAAAACAAAAGAUGCGUACGGAGAAAUUAAAGUAAGUUUUGGCUAUCAAUGCAAUGACGAAAAAGGCAAUUCUUGUGACUUAUCUGAUGGUAUUGAUAUCCCAUCUGGAAUUAAACUACGAAGAACCAACAGUUCCUUCUCCUGCCUGUCUGGGGCUGCCUUAAGUGCCAAUGCCACAUUGGCUAACACAAAUAUUUGCAAUGGAUUAAUUGGGGCAGAAAUACUCCCUACUUGGGACUCCCCCAAUUCAUUUCGGAAGAUUCCUUCUUCACCCUCACUUUCAAAGUUGGAUCUGUUAUCAUCGUCUCUCCAGAGUAGCAAUUCAAACUUGAGCUGUAGUCCAUCCACUACAAGUGAUCUACUUGAAUAUGAUUCCUUUUCUUUGAAGUCCAUGAGUGCUCCUUCCAGAAGUGAAGGUUUCCUAAAUACUAUGGAAGUACAAGUGGCAGGUGGUGCUGCCGGUGAAGACAGAGUUCAGGCCGUUUGUUCUGAAGAGAAUGGGUGGCUUUUCUGUGCCAUCUAUGAUGGCUUCAAUGGAAGAGAUGCCGCCGAUUUUCUUGCUGGAACAUUAUAUGAAACUAUUGGGUUUUACCUUAACCUCUUAGACUGGGAAUUCAAGCAGGAUCCAAUUAGAGCUUCUGAUAGUUUGGGUUCAGAUGGGUCCCUUCACUGUAAUCUUGAUGUUUACAAUAGAAAUGAGGGUAAUAUUGCUAUAAAAAAUGCUAACAAGGGCACGUAUCUUGAUUACUAUGUCAAUAGACCUUCCUGCGCUGAAUGGGGAAGAUCAUCUGAUUCAUUCAAACAUAGGGUCCUUGAUAGCCUUCAACGUGCUCUUGGUCAAGCAGAGAAUGAUUUCCUGUACAGGGUUGAACAAGAAAUGGACAACCGUCCCGAUUUAGUGUCAAUUGGAUCUUGUGUUUUAGUUGUGCUUCUCCAUGGGAAAGACUUGUAUGUGCUCAACUUAGGUGAUAGUCGGACUGUAUUGGCAACAUAUGGUGAAGGCAAUGAGAUGAAUGAGAAUAAUGGACUGCUGGCUAUUCAGCUCACUGAUAGUCAUACUGUUGACAAUGAAGUCGAGAGAACCCUACUUUUGUGUGAUCAUCCAGAUGACCCGACCACAGUUGUAGCUGGAAAGGUGAAAGGAAAGUUGCAAGUCACUCGGGCAUUAGGAGUCGGCUACUUAAAGAAGAAAAAUAUGAAUGAUGCUUUGAUGGGUAUUCUUCGGGUUCGUAAUCUUAUAAGUCCACCAUACAUCUCCAUUCAGCCGUCACUUAAAGUCCAUGAAAUUUCGAAUUCUGAUCACUUUGUCAUACUUGGAAGCGAUGGUUUAUUUGACUUCUUCAGCAAUGAUGAGGCAGUGAUGCUUGUACAUUCUUAUAUCUUAAGCAACCCUUCGGGUGAUCCAGCAAAGUUUCUAUUGGAGCAGCUUGUAGUGAGAGCAGCUGAUUGUGCAGGUUUCACCAUGGAGGAGUUGAUGAAUAUCCCAGCUGGUAGGCGAAGGAAAUAUCACGAUGAUGUAACAGUAAUUGUGAUCAUCCUGGGGACAAAUAAGCGCACUUCAAAGGCAUCAACAUGCCUAUAAGUUCUUCUACAUAUUAUACAAUACCAGCACUACACACAAGUAUUUCCUUCAUAUCAUGUGACUGCAUUGGAGUCGGUUGCUGAAGUCACUUGCCUACAAGACAGUCUGUUAGUUAGUUAGUCGUUGCUGGCAUUGUAACUAGGAUUGACUAUAAAUACUUGUAUUCUGAACUGAAAAUGUAAUGGAAAAUAAUUGUUUCUCUUACCUUCUCUGUGUGCCUCCGUCUUCUUCUCCAAGCUUUCUAUGAAAUCUAACACAACAUCCUUUUCAUUUCAUAUUCUGUAAUUUGU